AUGAACUUUGCUGCCCAGUUAUUCUACUCCAGCUACCUGAGCGAACGGCUCGAGCGUUUGUUCUCGCCAAAGCCGGCGAUUAAAGACAGCGAAGAGAACGAUCCCUUCUGGGAGAGGGAGGAAUUACGCCUUGGCCCCAGCCAGCCAGGUGGCCCUUACAAAUCUGGGCCCUUCAGCAAUGGCACCGUGGGCCGCCGACCCACUCUGAUCGAACCAGAGCGUCUGAAGGACUUUGGCGAGGAGGAACUCCUCAAUGGAGAUGUCAGGGUCUAUGAAACCAAAGUGGUGGGAGCUCCUGAGAUGAAGCUCAUGGACCCCCCUAAAACUAGAAGAGUAAGCGAGUUCAGGAACAUCCCCAGACCUCCACCUCAGUACCUCCGCUUUGAGGAUAUCAGCGCAGCUGCUUUUAGGAUCCAGUCAGGGAUACAGAAGACACCUUGUACGUACUCAAGACUGUCCAAACAGUAUGGAAUGGAGAUCUACCUGAAGAAGGAGCACCUGCAUUACACGGGCUCAGUGAAGGAGAGAGGAGUGCUGUACCUGCUUACCUCCCUCACACAGGAGCAGCAGAGAAAGGGCGUGAUCGUGGCCACGGACUGUAACUUCUCCAUGGCUGUGGCUCACCACGCCGUGGAGCUGAAGAUCCCCGUGUUUGUCAUCAUGCCCUCAGGGUGCUCCUCGCCGCGUCUCCGGAUCUACCGAGACUACGGAUCCAUGGUCAUUUCCUACGGCAGCACCAGCCGCGACUCCCAAAACCACGCCCGCCAUCUGGCCACGGAGAAUGGAUACCUCUACCUGGAAGAGUCCGCUUGCCAUACAGAUGAAAAUGCAGCGUACCUGGCCGGACUUGGCACCGUGGGUAUGGAGAUCUUUGAGCAAGUCCCCAAAGUGGAUGCGGUUGUUGUUCCUGCGCCGGGGCAGUUCGGUCUUCUGGCCGGCACUGCUGCAGCCAUCAAACACCUCAACUCUCGAAUUCUUGUCAUAGGCAUUGAACCAGAGGGUUUCCCUCUGCUGCUACAAUCUAUGAAAACAGACAGUCCAAUCAAAGACAUGCACAGCAAGCCUAAUAAGAAACUAUACGGAGAUCUUAUGGAGCGUUCACUCGGUGUCAACACCUUCCAGCUGGCAAAGAAGCUGGUGGAUAAAGUAAUUACCGUCAGGGAGGAAGAGUCUCUGGUGGCCAUGCUGCGCUUUCAGGAGUUUGAGCGGUCCACUGUGGACACAGAAGGAGCCAUGGGACUGGCGGCCAUCUUGGCUGGACAACUUCCAGAAUUGCGAGGAAAAAAGGUGGUUGUGGUGGUGAGCAGUGCUAACAUGGAGCCGGAGCUUAUGAGGCAGUGCCUGGACCGGGCUCUGGUGUUGGAUGAUCGGGUCAGUAAGUUCUCUGUGCAGUUGGGAGAAUGGCCAGGGGACAUGGCCAAGCUGCUUGAUGUGCUGUCCAGAGAGGAUGUGAGGUUGUUGGACGUCUGCCACCGCAGACACGGUGACAAAGCCGACCUUUUCAAGGCAAAGGUGGAGUGCGUGGUGGAAACCAGGGAUAAGACACAAAACGCUCAGUUGCGCAAGGCACUGAACGAUCGCUACCCUUCGAUAUGCUGGCUGGACCGGUGA